AUGUCGAGCGAAAUUCAAUGUGAAGAUCAAAAAUUCAUGUGCCGCGAUGAAAGUUGGCUGGUUCAGUGCAACAGAAUCGAAAAGAUCCGACUUUUAUGUCCAAAGACAUGUGGUUUAUGCUCCGAAGCAGGCGGCACGGUCAACAUCGUCAUCAGUGGAGUCAAAUCAAUCGGCCAAAAUUCCAUUCCAACCCUGACUCCAUUCGAAUCUGGCAACUCGAACUCAGCGCUUCUGUCUUCUCCAGCUACUCCAAACUCGGAAACAGUUGUUCAAAUUUCCAGCUCCAGUGGGUUCACAUUCCCUGUUCCCGGAGUUGUUUGGUACCUUGUUCUCUUGGGCACAUUUUUAUUAGUGAUUGCUGUGGGACUGAUCGUCAUUUUUGAGAGGCAUCAUUUGAGAAAACUUCUCGGAAAGAAGACCUACUGCUGCAACAAUCCUUAUUACCUCAAAGAAAAUUCAAGCGAGAACACUCACAGAGGCGAUGAAAGCGUUUUUCCUUCUCAUAAUGCUACACUUGAAAGACUUGGAAAUCAGAGCACGUUACCCUUCCCCAACCCGCCGCCUGCUGAAGGCUCGCUGUCAAAAGAACUUGAAAAAGUCAAAAAGACUACGAAAUCGAUACAACAACUCCUCUUGUUGUCGCUCAAGUUUCCAGCCCUUCUACGAUGCUCGAAAACAACAGGAUGCAUUUCAGAUCUUUAUGGCUCGAAGCUGCCCCUAAACCAAUCAAGCCGAUCGUAUUUACCCGCGGAUAAUCUAACGACAGUUGUUUCCCAACGUCAUUUGGAUCAAAAACCAACGUCUGAGGUUUCUGGCUCCGGUGGCUCCCUCAGUGUCAACGACGAAGUAGACGAUGCUGAGGCUGCCGAAGCCGAGGAGGCGGAAGCUGAGGCAAACGAAGCUGCCGAAGCAGGAGAAUGUAUAGUUUAA